UUCUCGUUUGUCGGUGGAUUUGGGAGCAUGGAUCGUGAAUCCAUGACCAUCGAUCCCGGAUACGUGGAGAGCGCAACUGUAUGGAUCACCGGACCGUAUGGUAACCACAAGACGGGUUAAGGAGCGACGGCCAUCCUGCUGCGCUACUUCAUGGGAUUCAACGAAAUGGCGCUGCCAUUAGGGUUACAUUGUGGCCCGGAUACCGCUCACCGUAUCGUGACCUUAUCUCACCCUCUUCUUAUCCUCUCACUCGGAGAGAACCCCCUCGUCUCCUCGGGCACGAACCCCUCCUCUCCUCUCCUUCCGUAAUGGCGACGCAGGGUCGGGUCAUCACUUGCAAAGCCGCGGUGGCGUGGGAGGCGAACAAGCCGUUGGUGAUAGAGGACGUGCAGGUGGCGCCGCCUCAGGCGGGCGAGGUCCGGAUCAAGAUACUCUUCACCGCUCUCUGCCACACCGACGCAUAUACCUGGAGCGGCAAGGAUCCUGAAGGUCUUUUUCCUUGUAUUCUUGGCCAUGAGGCUGCGGGAAUUGUUGAGAGUGUAGGAGAAGGGGUAACUGAAGUUCAACCUGGGGAUCAUGUUAUACCUUGCUACCAAGCAGAAUGCAGAGAGUGCAAGUUUUGCAAAUCAGGAAAGACAAACCUAUGUGGCAAAGUUCGUUUGGCUACUGGAGUUGGUGUUAUGUUGAAUGAUCGCAAGAGUCGGUUCUCUGUGAAUGGGAAGCCAAUCUACCAUUUCAUGGGCACAUCAACCUUCAGUCAGUAUACAGUUGUUCAUGAUGUUAGUGUUGCUAAAAUUCAUCCACAGGCACCUCUCGAGAAGGUCUGCUUGCUUGGCUGUGGUGUCCCUACUGGUCUUGGAGCUGUAUGGAAUACAGCAAAAGUGGAAGCUGGUUCCAAUGUUGCAAUUUUUGGCCUUGGCACUGUUGGGCUUGCAGUCGCUGAAGGAGCAAAAACAGCAGGCGCUUCACGAAUCAUUGGUGUUGAUAUUGACAGCAAAAAGUUUGAUAUUGCAAAGAAAUUUGGCGUUAAUGAAUUUGUGAACCCAAAAGACCAUGAUAAACCAAUACAGCAGGUCAUUGUUGACCUUACGGAUGGUGGUGUUGAUUAUAGUUUUGAGUGCAUUGGAAACGUCUCUGUCAUGAGAGCUGCUCUUGAAUGUUGUCACAAGGGUUGGGGCACAUCAGUUAUCGUAGGCGUGGCAGCUUCUGGUCAGGAGAUAAGCACCCGGCCUUUCCAGCUUGUGACCGGACGCGUUUGGAAGGGGACUGCAUUCGGUGGCUUCAAGAGUCGCUCCCAAGUUCCUUGGCUCGUCGACAAGUACAUGAACAAGGAAAUCAAGGUUGACGAGUACAUCACCCACACCAUGACACUCGAAGACAUCAACAAGGCCUUUGAUCUCAUGCACGAAGGUGGUUGCCUCCGCUGCGUGCUUGCUUUGCAACCAUGAAGUGAGACCCCUCGUUUCCUUGUAUGCAUCUUUCGACGAUUUUCUCUCUUAUGAUGUGUACGAAUCAUGUUAAUCUUGCAUGUGUUGUUUCCGCUGGCUUGUUCAUGUUCUAGUUUAAAUUUGCUUUUAAGCUCUAUGGAAUCGAAAGGCUUAGCAAGCCUCUGCUUGUUUCCCUGAA